GCAAAAUCGACGGUUGCGACCGUAAACAAACUAAACUUUUCCGCGAGUUUCUUGAAAAAAUUGCACAAUUUUCAUGAGAUUAAGAGAUUUUAUAGGCUUAAUUUGUUAAAAUAGGAUAGUGCGAGUACAUUCGACGAAAACCAGCAAGCGGAUCGACGGAUUUCAGUCACCAUGGAUAAAUUUACCCUCGACAUGGACGAGCUCCUGUCGGACAUGCAAAGCCUGCAGGUGUCCGCACUGAGUCGGGCCGCUAAAAUCAGCCCGCUGGUCCAGGGCCGCACGCUCGGUCCGGACUGCGCUCCGUUCGCCUAUUCCACGACGGACGCCGACAGCGAAAACGACCCCAAUCUGAGCAACGUCUCGUCCUCGGAGCCGGAUUCGGAACCACCGCCGGAACGAUACGUGCCGAAUUUGAAGGUGACGAUAGGGAGGUCCCAGGAGGGGACGCGCAAGGUGGAUAUUGGCGAGCUUGGGGCGUUGGUUUCGUUCCGGAUGUUUGAGCAGGAACGGGAGCGGGAACGGAGGAAGGAGGUGGCGCGGGUGUUGGAGGAACGGCAGGUUCGGGUGCGGGAGGCGGAUCGAUUGCGGGAAGAGCAGCACAGGGAGCGGUUGAAGAAGGUGGCGGAGGAGAAGGAGAGACGGGCGAGGGAGGUUGAGGUGAAGCUUCUGGAGGCGAUCCGGGAGCAGGAACGGGCGGCGAAGGAGUUUGAGGAGCGGAACAAUGCGGAGAUUGAGGCGGAGAAUCGCCGGCUGGCGGAGGUUUCCGAGCAGUUGAGACGGAAGGAUGAGGAGAUGAAGCGCAAACAGGCGAUGUUUGAGGCGAUCCGGACGCACCAGGGCAACUUCCGGAAGAUGACGGACGUGUUCACGAAGACGUUGCAGGCCAAGGCGGAGUAUUUGGCGAAUUUUGGCGCGCAGAAAAAGUCGGUGCAGACGGUGGUGAAGGCGUUCGAGCAGUUGCUGCAUGGAGUUAACGUAAGUCGGGAAGUGACGCAGCAGGACGUUGACAGGGCGGUGGAUUACUGCAAGCAGAUGGAGCAGAUCAACGCGGAGGUUGGCGAGAUUUUGAACCGAAUUCAGCAGGAGGUGGCGGAUCGACAGAAAAAGGAGCAAGAGCAAGCGGAAGCUCAAAAGCAGCAGCAAAAGCCGGAGGCACCACCGGAGGUUGCACCGCCGGUUCCGCAGGACACUCCGGAUACGACGGCGCCGAAGGCCGCUCCCCCACCCAAUCCCCUAGCGGCGUUCGUGUCCCAGGAGAGUCUGGCGUUCUACACGGAAAUCAAAUCAUUCUACGAGCAGCACCAGGCCGCGGUCAAGACCCUGCUGGACGACGCCUCGAUGAAAACGUAUCGCUUCAGCUGCCAAAAGGCCAUUAACACCCCGGUCAACGCCAUCUCCGCCGUCAGCCGGGAACACUUCCUCGACAAAUUCACCAAACUGGACGCCCUGCUCAGCGGUCAACAGGUCCGCGUCGGCGAUCAAUCCGUUUCCAUCAACGCCCACCCCCUCGGCCGAACCUACUGCACCAUGCUGCUCGCCAAGAAGUUCGUCAGCCAAGCGGACACGGCCAUCUCCAGCAACCAACUCGCGGCCUUCCCCAUCGCCUCCAUCAUCGUCGCCCUGUGGCAAAAAUACCCCGACUUUGGCCGCUUCUUCCUCGCCUAUCUCCACAAAGAGUGCCCAUACCUCGUCCCCUACUACCUCCCCCAACUCGCCGGACAAUCCCAAGAGGACUACCUUAAAGCCAUCGGCUACCGUUUCUCCUCCGAAGGCAUCCUAGAAAAGCAAGACCAAUACCUCAAGCGAAUGACCGGCCUGGCCCGCCUCUACGGCGCAGUCAUCGUGACCAACCUGCGCCGUGGCGAGUCCGCGCCCCACCCACACGGCCUCGAGUGCGGCUGGAAGUGGCUGUGCAACAUCCUGAACCUGGCCCCACUCCCGGACAUUUGCGCAACGCUUAUAACGGAGUUCCUCCAGACGGCUGGCGGUCUCCUCUGGACGCACUAUGGGCGGCAGUUCGUCAAGGUGAUGCGCGUGAUGCACGAGCAGUAUCUGCCGGAGUUGAACAAGGUGGACGAAGGUGGGCCCAAGUCGCGGCUGGAAGGACUCGUGGCGAAGAUUACCGCGGAAGGGCGGAUCGAGCGGCCCGAGGGGAUGAUGGCGGCGGACUUUUGGUAGGGUGUUUUUGUGUGCGACUUUUGUUUCUGGUAAUAUAUUGUUUCUGUAGAAAAA